CGAUACAACUGAAUUGCUUUAGAAAUAUAUCAAUCUAUCGAUAGCGCGGCAGGUCAAAUCCGGCUCGUCACUCUUUUGCCCUCUCCAGCCUUCGACGCCGAUGUUCAAAUACGUCUCGAUACAGGAAUCCUAUCCGACGAUAUGAUCCCUGAAUAUGAAGCAUUAUCCUAUGUUUGGGGCCCACCAGAACACCCGAAGCACAUCUACAUCGACGGUUCAACCAUUGCCGUGACUCGGGCUCUGGCAGAAGCCUUGCCAUAUCUACGAUAUAAGGAGCAACCGAGAACACUAUGGAUCGAUGCUAUUUGUGUCAACCAGGAAGAUUUGGAGGAAAGAGGUAGACAGGUCGAGAAAAUGGCAGCACUCUAUACAUGUGCAAAACGGGUAAUUGUCUGGCUUGGACCAGAAUCCACAGACAGUGAUCUCGGGCUCCAAACUAUGGAAUCACUAAGUAUGAAGAUCUCAUUUGAUAUUGAAAAAGACCUUGCUUACCCACCUAUCCAAACUGGGGUUCCCUGGACAGUACAAGAUCCUAUUAUUCCCUACGACGAGCAAGCAAUCAAAGCAGUCAUAUCACUUUUGAAGCGCCCAUGGUUUGAGCGGCUCUGGAUCGUGCAAGAAAUCCGGCUAGCCAACAACAAGGCUAUAAUCCAAGCAGGCCAUAAAUCUAUUCUCUGGGCAAAUUUCAUCUCUUCGUCCUACUACCUGCGCUCAAAAUUUCAAGGCGACAAGGGCGACGGCAUCCUAUCUUCAGAAUUCCUAAAACACUAUCUGCACGUACAGCCGCUCGGUCUUGGCAAGCCGCAAGUCUUCGAAGACCUGCAACGCCUCACCUGGGACAUCAGGAACACAAAAUGCACAGAUCCGCGAGAUCGCGUGUAUGGCAUUCUCAGCAUGGUGCAUAAGUCCAGCGCAGUUGAGCUGCGGCCUGACUAUACGAAGUCGGUAGGGGAGGUGUAUCAGGAAGUUGUGCUACACAUCCUCGAGCGCUCUAAGAACCUGCGCAUUCUCGCACGCUGCGAGAUGGCUGAGGAUGAGGAGAAGCUCAGUAGGAUCCCUAGCUGGGCACCCAAUUUUGCGGUCCCGUCUCGUUAUCAGUUGGCGUUAAGGGAUAUGAGCGCGGCGGGGGACUCGCUGGCUCAUGCGCGAUAUCUGGGCGAUGGAGUACUGGGCGUAACAGGCGUGCGUGUUACGACUGUCGCGAGCAUUUACUCCCUAACCAGUGCCUCCGAUUCUGAAACCUCGGCGAUUAAACUCAUCCAACAUCUCGUCGCUGCUAGUUUUGAAGCCGCUACAAAGAACCCGGCUUCUGAAAGAGAUGAAAAAAGUAUCCUCCGUGCCUGCUGCCGCACUUUCAACCGCAACCUCUUCCUUGACUACUGGCUCCCGCCCAAGGGCCGCUAUCCCACCUUUCCGGAAGGGCAGAAGGCCCUGGAUAAUAUCCUGAAUUGGCGAGAAGGUGAGAGCUUUCAGGGAUUGGAUCAGAGUACGCAGCGAUAUAUCCGGUAUUUCCAGCCCCUGACUGCAGGCCGCGCUUUCUUCAUUACAGAUGAUGGAAACGUUGGGCUCGCACCGGUGUCUGUGAGAAUCGGUGAUAUAAUUGUCGUGCUAAUAGGAGUCGAUUCCCCAAUGGUCUUUCGAGAUGCUGGAAACGGGGUGUUAAGGGUUGUGGGUGAGGCGUAUUUGGAUGGGUUCACGACGGGCGAGGCGCUGUUGGGAAAUCUUGAGGAUGGAUGGGUGAGGAUGUCGAGAUUCGAUGAGGAGACUAUGGCAUACUGGGUGGCCUUUUUGAAUAUUGUGACUGGAGAGAUUCAAAUUGAGGACCCAAGAUUGGGGACGCUGCCAGACGGGUGGAAAAUACAGGGGCAUAAGGAGGAGAGGCUGUGGAAUUGGUUUGUAAGGGAAGAUGAUCAGGAGAUUGAAAAACAGUCGGAAUUUGAGAGAUGGGGGAGUGAUCCGAGGUUGGCGCCGGAAUUCUUGAGGAAGAGAGGAGCGCCGCUUGAGGAAUUCAUGCUUAUCUAGGAGGAAACUAAAGUACGGUGAGCUUUUGAUAUCUGUUCUGAAAUUUGCUUUGUAUACAUAAUGUGCCUCUAUUCAUUUCAUUAUGAGCAGAUUCUCAUUUCAUGAUUUCACAUGACUCUAGUUGUCUAAUAGUAAACUCAAACCUCGAUUCGCCUGGAAGGUAGUCUCUAAGUUCCUAUGCAC